UGUCAAUUGUCAAGUAAUUUAUAAUUACAUCCACAACACAAAAUUAAAAGUCCCGUAACACAAGAGACAAUUAUUAAUUACGUCUCAAAAAUAUGUUAAGUAAUUUCAGAAAAUUCCUAUUAGUUUACCCAAACGGAGAGGUUUCAUUUGACCAAUGAGGUACAGAACGUCAAUUUUUCGAAAGGAGCACCCGAAAGAGCAUGUUUCGAAGUAGAAGUUGGUUCGGUGCCGCUUGGGGACGCCCCAAGAACCCGCAUUCUUUAGAGCACCUAAAAUAUCUCUACAAUGUGCUCUCCAGAAAUCAGACGGUAUCCGAGCAUAAUCGCGGGUUACUUGUGGAAACCCUUCGAUCGAUAGCUGAAAUACUAAUAUGGGGCGAUCAAAAUGAUUCCUCAGUGUUCGAUUUCUUUCUGGAGAAGAACAUGCUGUCUUUCUUUCUUCGGAUAAUGAGGCAAAGAAGUGGCGGUUCCAGUUAUGUAUGUGUUCAGCUGUUACAGACUUUAAAUAUUCUUUUUGAAAACAUACGUAAUGAGACUUCACUGUAUUAUCUUCUUUCAAAUAAUCACGUAAACUCUAUUAUUGUUCACAAGUUUGAUUUCUCUGACGAGGAAGUUAUGGCGUAUUAUAUUUCGUUUCUCAAAACGCUAAGUUUGAAAUUGAACCCUCAUACAAUUCACUUUUUUUAUAACGAGCACACUAACGAUUUUCCCUUAUACACCGAGGCUAUUAAGUUUUUUAAUCAUCCCGAAUCCAUGGUGAGAAUUGCCGUUCGAACACUUACACUCAAUGUAUAUAAAGUGGAAGAUGCGAGCAUGUUGGCGUUUAUUCGUGAUAGGACCGCCGCUCCCUACUUUUCGAACAUCGUGUGGUUUAUUGGUAAACAUAUUCACGAGUUGGAUGCGUGUGUUCGGAACGACGCAGACCACCAGUCUCAGAAUCGGCUGUCUGAUCUGGUCGCGGAACACUUGGAUCACCUUCACUACCUGAACGACAUUCUCCUACUGAAAAUAACGGAUUUGAAUCAAGUCCUAACCGACCAUCUUCUCCAUAAGUUAUUAAUCCCUCUGUACAUUUAUUCGUUAUCGUCCAUUCGCAGACAGUCCGAGGUGACAAUGGAAACCGCAACCCAAAAUUUGGCAAGAGUUCUAAAUAAAUCGCUAUCUUCAUUUGAACAACAGGAAUCGGCAAACGGGAAAGUAUCGUCGGUAGUCUCACUGUUCCUCCUCUCCCAAGUAUUUUUAAUAAUCUCCCACUCGCCGUUAAUACGUUACCUUGCCUGGAUCAUCCUACGAACCGAAAGGAGUACCUUCGAUCAGGGCUUAGACAAACUGUCGGAACACUACGAAAUAUUUAAACGUAAAUUCGAGCUCACCGAGUGCGAGCAGAGCAGUCAGCUCGAAAUCGAGUCGAACGCGAGCAGCUCUGGUUCGAAGGAGAAUCUAUUGGAAGAACCGAAAAACGUGACCGACGAGGAGAAGGAGAAAUUGGCGUCGACGCCGACCGAAAGUACAAACAUAUCGGAGAAACCGUUUCUCGAAACUGUAUAUAAUUCGCUAGACUGUACGGACAACGAUUACGCCGCGCUCUUCGCUUUAUGCUUGCUGUACGCUCUGGCAAAUAAUAAAGGAGUUUUGCCAGAUCUGUUGGAGUUAGUGUUGAAGCCGAGAAUGUCGCCGUCAAAGUCUGUAGGUAGAGAUAUUAAGUAUUCGUAUAAUACGCAUUUAGUGGAAAAGUUAUUGCAUAUUGUGAUAUUAUCGUGCCAACCGUCGUGCCGAGUGCGUUUGGUCACGCUGGAGCUGGCUCUGAAAUUGCUCUUGCAGCUUGUUACGUGCGAUGGUCAAAAUGUAAUGAGCGAUUUACAUAAAACUUCCAUCGAGGCGGCAAGGACUCAAAGUACUGCUCUGUUAAGGAACUUUUAUAAAAGUGAAGAAAUAUUUUUGGAUAUGUUUGAACAUGAAUACUGUGAUAUGUCAAAAGGUCCUCUAAACGUAGAAUGGUUAUGUAUGGAUAGCGCGAUUUUGUUACCUCCGACUGGAACACCCAUGACUGGCAUAGACUUUACGAAAAGGUUGCCAUGUGGAGAGGUGGAAAGGGCCAGAAGAGCGAUUAGAGUAUUUUUUCUUGUGAGAGAUGCGGUAUUAACGCUGAACGGCGAGAUAGAAACCCAGCUACCGCUGACGAAUCCCCAGAGCUGCGUGCAAAUCGACACUGCCUUGGAUCUGAAUAAUUCAGAUUUAAUUGCAUGCACAGUUGUUUGGAAAGACGGACAGAAGAUUAGGCGAUUUUUAGUCAUCGAUAUCAUGCAAUUGAUAUUAGUCGAGCCGGACACUAAGAAACUCGGCUGGGGUGUUGCCAAAUUGGUCGGUUUUCUGCAGGACAUUGAGGUUUCGGGGGAUAAGGACGACUCACGUUGCUUACAUAUUACAAUACAUAGACCUUUGUCAAGUGGUUCGACUAGUCGGAUUCCCCUAUUGUCUGCCAAAUUUGUGUUUGAUGACAAUAUUCGUUGUAUGGCCGCCAAACAACGUCUUACUAAGGUGAGUCUUGAUGGGCCUUCAAAUGCAGAAUGCAGUAUACCUCACAGCUAA